UGUAUAUAAUUUGUUAUUUCAUUUAAAUAUUUUUAUUUAGUAAUCUUGACGUUGCGUUAGUUUUAAACAAUUGAAUUCAAGUAUUUAUGUAUUUUAAACUUCAGACUGGUAGACGCGCCGAAGUUUAGUGCUACAACACACAAAUAUACAAAUAAAUUUAACAAGAAUCUUUUUUGAGGAUUUUUCAUUUAGUCUCAUUCCUUCUGCUUAUAGUCCUAUUUUGCAAGUCGCGAUAAACUUAUUUGGUGCAAUGGACGAGGUAAUGAAAAAACAUAAAGAGUUAGGCCAGACAAAAACAAAACCAGCCGGUGGCGAGCUCACGUGCAGCGUGCACUUUGUCAACCCCAGGUACAGUCCGGGAAGCUCAUCCGAAGACGAAUUAGGCUCGGUAACGAGGUUGGUUUCAAAAGCUGAAGAUUUGGAGCUCGCACGUGUUUUCAAACGUCAAGCGGCAGAUAUAGCCAAGAGUCGUUCCUUAUUUGAGUUUGGGCACAAUUUCGAAGAUGUGCGCGACUGGCUGACCAUCGAGCAGCCAUCAAAAGUGUGCUUAAAGACCGUAUUACGCUAUAUGGUGGAGAAUCAUUUGAAGACAACCGUCAAGAUUGAGAUCAACAAAAUGUAUUUCAAUUGCCACUUGCUUGUGCUGCAGGCCUACUCCAAGUAUUUCAUGGAGCUCAAUCCAAUUCCGUUCGUUGUGACGCUGCCAGAGUCGAAGGUGUCCCAAAAGGCAUUUAUGCUCGUCUACAAAUGGAUGCUCAGUGAUGAGCCGAUCCUGGAGCGCAAAGACAUUGUCACCGUAUUUGUGGCAGCCACUUAUUUGAGAGUGAAGGAGUUGCUGUUGCAUUGCUGGAAGUAUUUCGAUGAUAAGAACUGCUUCAAUGAGGCCUCCGCCUGUGUCAUGUACGUCGAAUCGAAGAACAAUGUGGCUUUGGAUGUUGUGCGCAAUCUGAUGCUGACGCGCAUACAAAAGUUUCUCCUCACCUUUGUGGCAACGAGCGAUUUCUUAGAUUUGCCGCAUAAGCAUCUUGUCUAUCUUCUUUCCUCAGAUGAGAUAUGCGUAAAUAGUGAAAUUGAGAUACUUUUCAUUGCUGUACGCUGGCUGGGACACGACUGGGAGAGAAGAAAAGCGAACGUGCAGAGCCUGAUUGAUUGUAUUCGCUUCAGUUCCAUGCCACUUUGGUAUUUGCUGUGCGUACGGCGGGUGGAGAUGCACAGUCUGCUCAAAGAGCUGCUCAGUUUACCCACUGUUGAUUCGCUCAUCAAUCAGUCCAUUGCACAGAUUACUUCCAAAAUGUACGAAGAAAAACAGGAGGGAUUUAUUUUAGAUUACGAUUGCAUCACAAAGAAUUUACAACAGUCGCGCCGUUGGAUCGUGGAUGAUGCGUGUCCUUAUUAUCAUCACAUUUGCUGUCCGCAUACGCGCGACAUCACUUUUACACAGUUCGAAUCCUAUUUAGCCGCGUUGCAGCAGCAGUCAAUUGAUUAUUGGACCAAAGUGGAUAUGUUGGAUGUAAAGAAUCCGAGAAAGUGUGGCUGUAUGCAAUAACGGUAGAUUCAAAUGCCACCAGCCAAUAGAAAAUCAAAUUUGACAUUCGCAGCUAUACGUUUUUAUGCUCAAGAAUGAAAAUAGUCCGGCAACGUUACUUUAUUGUAUUAAAAAAAAAAGUCUGGUAACCUAGACAACAGCUGUUUUGUUGACGAACUUGUGUUUUUUCGAGGUGUUGUUUACGUUGCUCUAAUAAAUAAAAUGGAAAAGCUUGAAGCACUUAAAA